GUCACCAGGGCAUCAGGUCAUUUGGCUCGACAGCGGGCACGCGCGUCACUGGCAAGGCAGUGGGACUCGAGUCAACAGGCACGACAGUGGGGCACCAGGUCAUCAGGGUACUGGAUUGUCUGGCGCGACAGCGUGGCAUCGGAGUCACCAGGUAUGUCAGCGGGCACUGGGGUCACCUGGCAUCAGGUCUUUUUGGCUUUGGCCAGCGGGCACCGCGUCAUCUGGCAAGGCAGUGGGCACCGGGGUCACCAGGCAUUGGAUCGUCUGGCUCGACAGCGGCGCAUCGGGUCACAGGUAUGGACAGCGGGCACUGGGUCACCAGGCAUCAGGUCAUUCGGUCCUCGCCAGCGGGCACCGCGUCAUCUGGCAAGGGCAGUGGGCACCGAAGUCACCAGGUUUACGACAGCGGGCUCU